UUGUGGUCCGGCGGUGACAAACAUGGCGGCGCCCUUCGCCAGGGUGCUUCUGAGCGGGGUUGCGGCGAACUGGCCGACCCGCGCUUGUUGGAGGGGCCUUUCCGGCGGCUCCGCGGCAGCGGGGCCGAAAUGGAGGCUUUUCGGGGCGCUUUGCUUGCAAAGGCCGCCCAGAGUCAGUCAGGAGAUGAGUCCGGAGGAGAAAGAAAUGACGGAGCUGCUGCAGCAGGUGAAAGAGGCAGAGGGGCGCAUGCGCACAUCGGGUGGCGGGAGCAGCCUGUUGAAUGGGAGAGGGGAGCCUCAGAGUGGCCGAUGUAAUAAUUUGUUAUUUACAAAAAUUGAAAACUAUAUAUAUUGUGUGUGUAUAUAUAGAGUGUAUAUAAUUAACACACAUAUAUAUACACACACACAACAAAAAUAAAAGCAAUAUAUAUACACACACACACACACACACACACAUAUACACACACACACGCACACAUACAUACAGUGGUACCUCAGGUUACAUACGCUUCAGGUUACAGACUCCGCUAACCCAGAAAUAUUACCUCGGGUUAAGAACUUUACUUCAGGAUGAGAACAGAAAUUGUGCUCUGGCUGCAGCAGGAGGCCCCAUUAGCUAAAGUGGUGCUUCAGGUUAAGAACAGUUUCAGGUUAAGUAUGGACCUCCGGAACGAAUUAAGUACUUAACCCGAGGUACCACUGGAUAUAGCUUUUAAUUUUGUAAACAACAAAUUGCCAGCCAAUCUCUUCCCCGCCCCCAUUCAAAACCAUAUACUGUAAAAGGUAUUUUGCUGGAUUAGAUUGAUAAAACUGCAGUCCUAAUCCCAUUUACCUGAGAGUGUAGAAUCACAGAAUGGUAGACCUGGAAGGAUACCUGGCACCAUUUAGUCUAACCCCCUGCAAUGCAGGAAUCUCAACAAGUUAGUUGGACUUACUUCUGAGUAGGCAUGGCUUGGUUUGCAGCCUAAAGCAGUAAUGCGAUUGUUGGGACUCCCUUCCCGGAUUUCCCUAACUAUUGUGGCCAGUCGUUGGGGGUGAUGGGAGCUGAGAGUCCAGUAAUAUCUGGAGGAACCACAGGUCCCCUCUUGCUGCUUUAGGUUGCAAUCUGAAUCAGCUUUGCUCAGAAGCAAGUACAGUUAAAUUCAGCAGGGGUUUCUCCUAUUAUCACUGGCUGAUGGAGUUGAAUGACAUCUGGAAGGUCAAAUAGCACCCUUCCUUCCCCUCCCAGUCAGCAGCUUCCCAGAUUUCUCUGAGAUGUUUACUUGGAUGUCUACUUGCACGCAGAUGAAGACAGCAGUAUAGUGGUACCUCGGGUUAAGUACUUAAUUCGUUCCGGAGGUCUGUUCUUAACCUGAAACUGUUCUUAACCUGAAGCACCACUUUAGCUAAUGGGGCCUCCUGCUGCCGCCGCGCCGCCGGAGCAUGAUUUCUGUUCUCAUCCUGAAGCAAAGUUCUUAACCUGAAGCACUAUUUCUGGGUUAGCAGAGUCUGUAACCUGAAGCGUAUGUAACCUGAAAGCGUAUGUAACCUGAGGUACCACUGUAAUCUCCUGGUUUGUCCCUCCAACCCAGUAACUGGUGUUCACAUGCAGUGGUCUGAUGUUCGGAAUUUAGAGGUCGCAUUAUCUUUAUCUAAAAGAUAAUAUGGAAAAUUAUUAUACCAUGUCUAAGGAAUUAUGCAUUUAUUUACUCUACCGUUUUAUAACUGUCCUAUGAUUUUCAAACGAAGGGUGAUAUACAAAUUUAAUAAAAAACAAUCAUAAAAAAAUAAAGGUUGCACUCCAGCAUUGCCUACUCUUAAAAAGGCAGCAGCUAUCCAGGGUCUUGGGCAGAGUUCCACCCUUUAAAAAAAACAAAUCUGUUGUUUUACUGCCUGGGACUUCUUUGGGAUGAAAAGUGGAACAGAAAUUUAACCAAUUAGGGCUAUAUUCCUAUUUAACUCAGAGUAGACCCAUUAAAAACAAUGGGCACGAGUAAGUUGAGUCCAUUAGAUUCAAUGGGUAUAUUCUGUGUAGUUGGGUAUAGCCUUAAUUCAGGUGUGGAAAACUCCAGAUGCUGCUGAACUACAGUUCCCACCAACCCUGCCCAUUGGUCAUGCUUGCUGGGACUGAUGGGAGCUGUAGUUCAACAAUGGCUGGAGAACCAAAGGUUCCCACAUAUAUCUUAAAUAAAUAAGAGGAAGGGGAGGAUAAAUGUACAAACAAUUAUCAUGAGAUUCAGUGGAGCGAGAAAGAUGCUCUGAAAGGCAGACACUUGAGCUGAGUCAAAUUAAGUCCCGGUGAGUGAAUCCAGAUAGUGAAGGGGAGGAUGAAGCUGCGCAGAUGGGGCUCCCAAGGGGCUGGUGAUUUCUAGUGCCUGUUCUUCCAUGUGGUUCCAGCAGCUGGAAGCAGCUGCUAGUGUGGGAGAAGGAGGACAGAGCAGAUCCUGCCUGCUUCCUGCAUGAUUGUUUCUGAAAGCCACUCUAGAAUUGACUUCAUCGUGCGGCAGAGUUCAGUUUAGUGAGAUAUGAAUAAGGGCUGGAUGUCUGAGGAAGGGGAGGUGAAAUAAAAGAUUUUGGGUGCCUUGUGUUUGGAGGGCCUUUGGCUGAUAGCAACAAGGCUAAAAAACUUCAGCGUAACAAUUAACCCAUCUAAUCUUUGUAAGAGGUAAUUUUCACAAUUACCACUCAAGGGACAAGGUGUGGUUUUUUUGGGGGGGGGCGGGUGACUGAGGUUCCCUGGAUUCUGUUCAACAUGCUACAUCUUGUGUUACUGGUGUUGUAUCUUGCAUGCUGAAAUCAAAAAUCUCUUUCUUGCACAUCUUGGAACAUGUGGCCCUCCAGAUGUUGCUGGACGGCUUUCCCCAUAAUCUCAGACCGUUUGCCAUACUUGAUGAGAGUGGGAGGACCACGAAUUCCCCACCUCGUCUUAAACAAUGCAGCACUCAGGAAAGUGAUUUGCAGAAGCCUGCUGGCUGGGGUCCGGAUCGGACAGUUUUCUAUUUAUUUUGCUUUGCCAGGUCGAGAUGGAGAAAAGCCUCUAUUCAGACCACGAACUCCGCCGCUUUGCAGAGGAGGAGCGUUUGCGGAGGAAAAAAGACGAUGACGACGCUGGGCAGGAGAUCGUGCUGAUUCAAGAUGUGGAAGACUUGUGGGAACAGAAAUUCCGGAAGUUCAAUCCUGCCCCACGGAUAACAGGUUCAAGCCCAACCUAUUUGGCAAAACCUAUUUGGUGUUUCGCAACUUUCUGACUAGUUGCAGGACCUUAGCCAGACCUAGCAGAGUACACGCAGAAUCCACGGAAGCAAUUGGCGACUUGGCUGCAGACAGGAUAGACGAAGCAGGAACCAGGAACUUGUAGUUAGGUGUUUAUUAUAUACAGUGGACUAUUUACAGGAACAGAACACGAAUCUUUUGCUAGCUCUCUGUGAUACGACUCACAACUCCUACACUGACAGAGAACUCUGAACACAAACACUGAAUUAACGCAUUCCAGUUAGUAGGCCAUUAAGUAUCACUCCCUUGAGAGAGCUUGAUCAAUCAGGGAGCGGUCUCCAUGUCUCUCUUAUCACCAGGCAGACUUACUCCUGCAGAUUGCUUUCUGGCUGUCUGCCAAACCUUAAUUGACUCUGUGUGAGUAGCUGCACGUACACAGAUUCCCAACAUCCUCCACCUACCUCAUUGGGGUGUUGUUGGGCAGCGGUAGGGGAGCCUCCAGUCUGAAGGCCAGACUUGGCCCAUCAGACCUCCCCCUUUGGCUUGGCAGGGAAUUUUCCUUAUGCUGCAGCCACCUCCCCGCUAACAUAUGUCAGCUGAAAGUGAGCUCUGGGUUGUUACUUUGCUGGAGUAAGACUUGUUUCAGCUGAUGGGCAGGACAGACAGGAGCAUAUUGCUCCAGUAGCACCAACUAGUAUGCAUUGAAACUGCUGCUAAAACAGAGUUGGGAAGACCACUGGUUUAGCAGCAGUUUCAGUGCAAACCACUUGGCUGCUACAGGAGCAGCAAAGCCGCUUGUGCUGCAGUUUCCGAGUGCCCAUUUUUGGGUGCUUGGGAAGCUCUGUGCAGCGGACUUUGACAGGGGGUGGGAGAGGCCACAUGUCAAUUAGCCAAUGGCAUAAGGACAUCAGAUGGCUGGCAGGUGGGUUGCCUUGCCCAUCUGAUGGCAUGAUGACAAGGUGAUUGACAGGUGUUUUGUCCCACUCACCUGUCCAAAGUGGGCCCAUGGGGUGGGGCCAGAUAAGGACAUAGCCCUCUGGUCCAAAAAGGUCCCUUAGCCCUGUUGUUGGGGAUACUUGGUUCUAACUAGGCUUGGAUUAAUUCUAAUCUGGUGAGAAUAAAAUACAGGGCAGUGUGCUAGGAAGGGAGAGGCUUUAAUUAACUAUAUUUUUAGUAAGAGAAACUGGAUUGUGUCCACAGGGAGUGUUGUGUUCUUUACAGGAAACAGUAGAGCCCAAUGAUAUCACUUCCAAAUGAUUAAUGAAUUAAACAACAUUUAUAUAUUGCCUGAUUCUAGUUAAACCUCUGCAGGAUUUAUCAGAAAUACUAAAAUUUGGAAAAAAAGUUUUUUAAAAAAUUAAACAAAAUGUUUUAAAGCAGGUGCUCAAAAGAGUACAGCAAACACACACACCUCUCCCAAAGUACUGAGGAAAGGUAUGGUUUAUAAAGACAUUUAAAGUUUUCUACCCCCCUGUUCAAAAAGGGACACAGAAAUGAGUCUUUGAUGCUUAAUGCUCCUGUUUUGAUUUUCAUCCUAUCAGCAGAGCAAGGAAUCCUUUAAUUUCUCCGCUUUCCUUAAGAAAACAAUAGCUUGAGCCCAUGUUAAAAAGGUAAAGGGACCCCUGACCAUUAGGUCUAGUCGUGGCCGACUCUGGGGUUGCGGCGCUCAUCUCGCUUUAUUGGCUGAGGGAGCCGGUGUACAGCUUCCGGGUCAUGUGGCCAGCAUGACUAAGCCACUUCUGGCGAACCAGAGCAGCGAACGGAAACACUGUUUACCUUCCCGCUGGAGCGGUACCUAUUUAUCUACUUGCACUUUGACGUGCUUUCGAACUGCUAGGUUGGCAGGAGCAGGUACUGAGCAACGGGAGCUCACCCCGUCACAGGGAUUCAAACUGCCGACCUUCUGAUCGGCAAGUCCUAGGCUCUGUGGUUUAACCGACAGUGCCACCCGCGUCCCAAUUGAGCCCAUGUAAUAAUCAGAUGUGGCAUAAGAACCAACGUGGUCAUGAUUCCUCCACUUGUUCACCUGGAGGCAAUUCCUGUUCUCCACAGGCAGCUGGCAAGUGGCUAUUUGCAACCCUCCAUUGAGCAUCCAGCUGCCCACUCUUCAAUUAGAAGUGGAAUGCUCACAUUCAAGCUCUCUGUUUGAAACAAACAGUGUUAAAUUUGGCUAAAUCCAGCUUCUCUGCCUUAAAUGAUUUUGUGAAUUGAGCGGGGGAAAGAAGGGCAGUUUAUUUUUAGAGGUAGACGUUGCCAAAAGGUCACACACUUCAGAAUCUGUGCACCCCCCUGCAGGUAUUUUUGUCUGAGCCCUACAAACUAAAAGCCAAUUUUAAUAAGUCUAAUAAGAUUAGACACCAAACUACUUCAAUGACCUUUUUUAAAAUAAAAAGAGAGGUGGGGGGAAUACGCAAUUCUGCUUGUCACCCGAAGGUGCAAAAUAUGAUGUAUGCUGUUCAGGUUGCAAGCGGCCUCCAAACUCUUCCUAGCGUGUUUUCUAGGCAACCUGAACUGAGUGUUGCUACUUGACAUGGUUUCAUGUGGCCUUUUCAGCAAAGACUUCUGGGAAUCCCAUUCAUCACUGGCUGGCUGAAUUCCUUUGACUCGUGGCUUCUUUCUUUGGCAGAGGCUGACAAGAAAAAUGACCGGACAUCUUUGAACAGGAAGUUAGACCAGAACCUUCUGCUCCUGGUUAAGCAGAAGCUUGGGGACCAAGACAUUUGGCUCCUGCCUCAAACAGAGUGGCAAGAAGGGGAGACUCUGCGAGCCACAGCAGAACGGGCCUUAGCCUCUCUCUCAGGUCAGUGAUUAAGGUGUGCGUAUCUGAAACACUCUCACAAUCUUCCCCUGUUGAUCGGUAGCUCUAUUUCCCUUCCCUUUCUCUAUCCUCCCUUGUGUCUUAUUUAUCACAAUUUUUUGGUAGAUUGCAAGCCUCUUGGGACAGGGAACUUGUUACCAAUCUUAUCUCUUAAAUUACUGCUGGGCCCAGUGGGGGUUUGUGGGGGGAGAGAGAGCAGGAAACUUUAUAGAGAAGGGAAGUUCCAGACCUAUGUUUCCCAAAGUGGAUUAUAUUGGGCAGUAGUAGCCUCGGGUGCAGUUGAGGGGCAUUGGAUAAAAAUAAGGGGGCAGUGGAAGCAUAAAGAAAGAAGAAAAUUUUGAAAAGCCGUUUGGAAGUGUUUCAUCUUUUGUGUAAUGACGCUUACCGGUGUAACAGAGUUAAAUGUUACUAUGCUUGAUUUUAAUAAAUAAUUUUAUAAUUUCAAGCUUCAAGGUGUCUUUAUUUACAACAACAUCUUUACUAUGUUGUAGGACGUAGGUAGAAAUAAAGAUACAUAAAAUAACAUACAUUUGUCAUUGCAUCUUUCUGUUUGUUUGCUUAAAGAAAGUAGAUUUCCAGGGGGGCACUGAGUAAUAUAUAUAUUUUUCCUGAAAAUGGGGCAGUAGGCCAAAUAAGUUUGGGAACAGACAGUUUGUGGAUCUUGUGUGUGAAGCACUUUCAGCAUGCUGUACAAAUGCUAAAUAUUAUUCAGCAUAUUUGAGGCAGUUGGUGGCAGGGUCUAUAUAUUCCAGCCAAAGACAGACACCUUAAAAUGGGGUGCAGGGGCAAAAUUAUUCAUCACCAGGUAUAUUCUACUGUCUCUGUAUCACCUGAUCUUACAAAUAUGUUUCCUCCCUUGUUUUUUUUCCUGCCUGACUCCUGAACCUCCAAGGAACCCACACGGAGGCCAAGUUCCUAGGCAAUGCGCCAUGCGGCUUUUACAAGUACAAGUUCCCCAAGGCGGCCCAGACAGAAGACGGCAUGGGAGCCAAGGUCUUCUUCUUCAAAGCCCUCCUGGAGGGCAGCCAUUUGCCCUUGGCCAGUGAGAAAGUGGACUACGUCUGGGUCAGCAAAGGGGAGCUGGCGGACUACUUGAAACCCAAGUACCACUCCCAGGUUGCUCGCUUUCUUGUGGACUUGUGAGUGCUGGAGAUGGUGUUUUUAUCCCUGUGUCAAGAUUACUGCCUUGGACGAAGAAUUUGUUCAGUGUUUGUUUCACGUUUGCAGAGCGAGGAUCCCAUUUGUGUGCGUAUUUGCCUCUUCGCUAAAUAAAAGAGUCCAAGAAUCAA